AUGGAAAUAUCUUUGCAGGAAAGCGAGGGUACUUUUGGCAUUGUGCAACCUUUACCUGAAAAUAUCUUCCCUUUGGAGUACACUACAGCCAGUGUUACUUGCAUUGCCUUUGAUGCAUCUGGAGUAAGAGAACCCGAGGAAAUCUUGUUUUUCAGGAGAGAUGAUUUAAAUAUCUAUACGGAGUUGAAACCGAGCGAAAAAUUAUCGUUUUCACACCGAACGGAAUAUUUAGAUGGAAACCCUAAACUUUUUAACACCAUGACAAUCACGAAUGUGGGAAUUGAAGAUGGCAGUCAGUACGGAAACUUUGAAAGUUACGAGUGCCAUGCUUUUGCCAAGAAUGAAUCAACUCCGAAGAGACACGGUUUUAGUAUCAGCGUUAUAACAAGAGACGAAAUCCCUAAAGCUGUUGUGGUCCCACAUACCAAUUUCGUCGAUAAGUUAACACUCAGCUGCAGCUUAACCAAAAGAGGAAACAAGUAUGGCACUCCAUUGAAGAGGAUUUCUUGGUAUAAAGAUGGAAAAUUGUUGGUGAGUUUACGAAAUCCAGAUCCAGAAAUUGAAAAGGUUCUUAUUGCUCCACUUAAGUUUGAAGAUGUUGGAGUCAGAGAUGGUGGAAACUAUACCUGUCUGUUGGAAGUAAAGUUACGACACAUCAAAAGCUACAAUGUCUCAGAUUACAUUGUAAUUCACAGGGAACCACAAUUUGGAAUUGUGCAACCUUUUCCAGAGAACAUCUACUCCCUUGAGUACACCUCAGCCAAUGUUACUUGUAUUGCAUUUGAUGCAACUGGUAAACAAGAACCAAAACAUAUAACGUUUUAUAGAAGAGAUGACCUUAGUCAAUAUAGAGAAGUAACAGGUGAUAAGUACUUGUUCUCAAACAGAACAGAAUAUGUAGGUGGAAUAAAAAAAUUAUACACCACCAUAACUUGGAAGAAUUUAACAAUUCAAGAUGACAGUCAGUACAGUCAGCUUGGAAGCUAUGAGUGCCAUGCUUUUGCAGUGAAUGAAAGUGUAAAUGCAAAGAGGCAUGGCUUUAGUGUCAGUGUUAUUACAAGAAGUGAAAUCCCAACGGUGUAUGUCCCAGACUCCAAUGUACUUAAUCAUGGUGAUAACAUCUUAAUCUUCUGCAACCUCACUGAAAGAGGAAAUGAAUACAGCACCCCACUGAAGAGGAUUUCCUGGUAUAAGGAUGGGAGGUUGUUGGAGAGUGUGCGGCAUCCAGAUCCAGAUGCAAAGGAUCCACUGGAUUUUUUAGGCCCACUGAAUCUUACAAAUGUUGGUGUCCAAGAUGGGGGAAAAUACACAUGUCGUUUGGUAGUAAUGUUAAGGCUCAUCAAGGAGUACAUUGUUGAAGAUACAACAGUAAUAAAGAUUGCUCCCAGGCUUGCAAAGCCAAAGGAAGACAUUGAAAAGGUGGCAUUCAAAGGAGACGAUGUAUCAUUUGAGUGUGCUGCAAAAGGAUAUCCUUUAGAGGUGGAAUGGAAAGUGAAGAAGAAGAAUGAAGAAACUGUUGAGGCUUGUAUAAAUGGAUCAGGCGGACACUACAAGAUCGAUCAAGCCAGCAUGUAUGACCCUUAUAUUCUGACCAUAUCUGAACUGGAGUAUAGCGACCGUGGAUUUUAUUACUGUUGUCUUCCUUCAAACUGCUCCGAAAAUGUAGAAGAUAAGUGCCAGCGAUUUAUUCUUCGUGUCAGAGGUGAUUUUGAUCAGAUUGCUGGGACGACACUUGUGGUCUUGCAUGACGUGUUUCUCAUCUUGGCUGUCUCAGUCGUGCUACUUUUAUUGUAGAAUCUUAGUUAAUUGUUAGCCAGUUCCACUACCAUCGAAUUAGUUUAUAGCGGAGCUCGCAGAGCAUAGCUCCAUAAUUAUAAAAAUAGUAGUAACCCAUCAAGCCGAAAAAAUUAAGAUGUACGACCGUACGACCGUACAAGGUGCUACUUUUAACAUGCGUGGUCAACUGUUCCGCGGGCACGUCAACGCCACAGCUUUGUCCAGUGGUCAGUGCACUGGGCUCCGAGUCGGACGACCCGGACUCUAGUCCUGGCCGGGGCAAGGCGUUGUGUCCUUGAGACGUGCGGAAAAAAAAAUGCGAGUUCCGCUUUCAGGCUUGGCUAAAUCUAUAUAUUUGUGUUAAAAGACAAAAUUGGCAUCUAACAAGAAUUUUCAUCAUGGGUGGUUUUUGACUUAUUUGAACGUGCAAAUAAAUGGAAAUAAUAUCAGCAUAAGCCAUUCAGUAAACAUUGUAAUAGGCCAGUUGAUCAAUUCAUAUUCUUUUUGGCGGUCUUACCUUACAGGUAGAGUUUGGUCACCUUUUUAGUUAUUAUAAUCGUGAAUUUAACAUGGAGACAGAUGUUU